AUGGGCGAGCGUAAGGUUCUGAACAAGUACAUCCCGCCGGACUUCGACCCGUCGAAGAUCCCGCGCGGGACGCGCAAGGGUGGUAAGCGCAACGAGAUGAAGGUGCGCAUGAUGUUGCCCAUGAGCAUCUGCUGCAACACGUGCGGCAACUACAUCUCGAAGGGGACCAAGUUCAACUCCCGCAAGGAGGACGCGCUCGGGGAGGACUACCUCGGCAUCCAGAUCUUCAGGUUCUUCUUCCGGUGCAAUAGAUGCUCCGCGGAGAUCACGAUGAAGACGGACCCGAAGAACAGCGACUACACGGUGGAGAGCGGCGCCAGUCGAAACUACGAGCCGUGGCGGGACAAGGCGACGCAGGAGGAGGAGGCGGAGCGAGAGCGCGAGGAGGAGGAGGAAGGGGACGCGAUGAAAGCGCUGGAGAACAGGACGAAGGAGAGCAAGCGCGAGAUGGACAUCAUGGCCGCGCUGGACGAGAUGCGGUCGCUCAACGCGCGCAACGCCAAGGUGUCCCUCAACGACGCGCUGGGCGCCAUCCACGGCAAGAUCGACGCGGAGAGGAGACGCGCGGAAGAGGCGGAGGAGGCGCAGGCCAAGGCCGUGUUCGCGGAGGCGCAGAAGGCGGCGGCGGGGUUCGUGCGCAGGCUGGAGUCGGACAGCGACAGCGACGGCGCGGGGGCGAAGCGUCCAAGGUUGGGCGAGGGCGACGUCCUCGGCGGCGGGUCCAACCUGCCCAAGGUGGCCAAGCCCGCGUUCCUGGCGGCGGCGCCCAAGCCCAAGCCCAAGCCCAAGCUCGUGGUGCGGCCCAAGGCGGUGCCGAAGCCGGCGGAGAAGACGAAGCCGGCGGAGUCGGAAGAUGGGGAGGACAGCGGCGGGGGCGGGUUGGGGUUGUUGGGUGAUUACGGAAGCUCGGGGGACGACAGCCGAUGA